CGCGCGUGAGCAACGGGAUUGCCCCUAACAAAUAUGGCGGGCGAGGCCUCGCUGAGGGCAGACUGAUUUAACACCCAAACCCGGCGGCCAGCGAAGACAGUGGUAGCGACGCGGCCCCGAGCAUGGAGGGCGGCAGCGCGGGCAGCGGCGGCAGCGACAGCAGCCCCAGCGGGAGUGGCGGGGCGCAGCAGAGGGAGCUGGAGCGCAUGGCUGAGGUCCUGGUCACCGGGGAGCAACUACGGCUCAGGUUGCAUGAGGAAAAGGUUAUUAAAGAUAGGCGACAUCAUCUCAAAACCUACCCAAACUGCUUCGUCGCCAAAGAACUGAUUGACUGGCUGAUUGAGCACAAAGAGGCUUCUGACCGAGAGACAGCAAUUAAACUCAUGCAGAAAUUAGCAGACCGCGGCAUCAUUCAUCAUGUGUGUGAUGAGCACAAGGAAUUCAAGGAUGUCAAACUCUUUUACCGCUUUAGAAAGGAUGACGGCACCUUCCCAUUGGACAACGAAGUGAAGGCCUUCAUGAGAGGACAGAGGCUAUAUGAGAAGCUGAUGAGCCCUGAACACACACUCCUGCAGCCCCGGGAAGAGGAGGGAGUCAAGUAUGAGCGCACCUUCAUGGCAUCUGAAUUCCUGGAUUGGCUGGUUCAGGAAGGUGAGGCCACCACAAGGAAAGAGGCAGAGCAACUGUGCCACCGGCUUAUGGAGUAUGGCAUCAUACAGCAUGUGUCCAACAAGCACCCAUUCGUGGACAGCAAUCUUCUCUACCAGUUCAGAAUGAACUUCCGGCGGAGGCGAAGACUCAUGGAGCUGCUCAAUGAAAAAUCCCCUUCCCAGGAAAUGCAUGACAGUCCCUUCUGCCUGAGGAAGCAGAGCCACGACAACCGGAAAUCUACCAGUUUCAUGUCAGUCAGCCCCAGCAAGGAGAUCAAGAUUGUGUCUGCCGUGAGGAGGAGCAGCAUGAGCAGCUGUGGCAGCAGUGGCUACUUCAGCAGCAGCCCCACCCUCAGCAGCAGCCCCCCUGUGCUCUGCAACCCCAAAUCUGUGUUAAAGAGGCCCGUCACUUCUGAGGAACUCCUGACUCCCGGAGCACCGUAUGCCAGGAAGACUUUCACAAUUGUUGGUGACGCUGUUGGCUGGGGCUUUGUGGUGCGAGGAAGCAAGCCAUGCCACAUCCAGGCCGUGGACCCCAGUGGCCCUGCGGCUGCAGCGGGAAUGAAGGUACCUCCGAAAGAGUGGUGUCUGAAUACCUCUCGCUUUAUUUCAUUGUUGGUGCCAUCUGUCUGUCAGUUUGUCGUCUCUGUCAAUGGGCUCAACGUGCUGCAUGUGGACUACCGGACUGUGAGCAAUCUGAUUCUGACGGGCCCACGGACCAUUGUCAUGGAAGUCAUGGAGGAGUUAGAGUGCUGAGCGGGUGGCCUUCCUGGCACUUCGAGUGGCUGUGGAUGAGCAAAGCCAAAACAACACAACGCAAUGCAGUGACAAGACUUCCAUGCACAUGGAUGGCUCUGGACAUACAAACCUUUUCUUCGUAUAGACACAUCUUGAUUUGAGUUUCAUACACUGUUUUGAAUGUGGAAGAACCGGGUAAUACAUCUUAAAAACAGCAACUUAUGUCAGUGUAGAAAAUAUUUGGGACAGAAUUUUCUUAAUGGAUAGAAUUGCUUUACUUGAUUUCUGUUGGUAGUUCUCAUUCACUGUUUCUUAUUUUAAUUUGCAGAAAGUUGUUGAAAUGUUUCUCUAGCCAAAACAGCAACUCGCUAAAAUCUCCUUCGUAGGAGUCAAUAGAGGAGUUUUUACAGGCUUUAAACUGUAUUCUCACCAAAAUGAACAUGGAACUGUUUAUUAGAGAACCUAGAUUUCACUGAGCUCCAAAUUAAAGCAACAGUUAAAGGAAUAGUACCUGUUAAUUAGCAUUUUGAAGGAGGAUCUAAAGCUUUCAAGAGCUUACAGCCAUCAAAAAAAAUGGCUUUUUUUUUUUUUUCUGAAUUCCUGCCUUUAGUGUCAACUUUAACUCAACAUAUGUUUUCAACUACAGAAUUAGUUAAAAAGCAAAAACUCUGUGAUGAUAUGGGUGCCGUAGAUAGGGAGAUACUACUUAAACUUGUUUGCUCCAUUUUCUCUGUCUGAGCCAAAAUCAUUUGUUCUAUCAGCUAUAACAGCUUUCUGGAAUCAAUGCUGAAUGUGUUGAAUGUCAAAACAGAGACAUUUGUAUAUACACAUAUACUUCAGAAUCAAGCCUCUGACAAGAUUUCACUUUGAGGGUGUCCCUUUUUUAAGUGAAGUGUUCUAGAACUUGGCCCAUAUGUGACAAAACUUGAAACUAAAUUGCCUUACUGGCCUGAAUCUUUACUAGCUUUCUAGUAUAACAUGACUAAGGACAUGACAUGCUACUUAUUUGGCGGGAAUAUUUUUCACCAAAAGCAAGUCUUGUGUUGUAACUUUUCAGCUCGCUUGUAUAUAUGCAUGUUUCCUUUUUUUGGUGUAGAAAAGAAUGUAUUUUGGGGCUCGGUGUAUAGAGGAAAUUCCUCAAAGUGCCAAAUUAAGGAGCCAGGGAAUGCUGAAUUCUUCUUCAUUUCAUAUAAUGCAUUCUGAACAAUGAGGUUACUUUCUUAUUCUGUAUUAACAAAAUAAAAUAUGAAUGAUGUCCCUCAGCCAUUAUUUUGUGAUAGGGCAUCAUAAUGUAUUGGUACUGGUAGAAUCAACACCAUGUUAAAGAUGCUACAUGUAUAUGUUUCUGGCAGUCCAACUUUCCUGAUCUGUAGAUUUAGAGAAUAGGAUUUAGAAGUAAGAUAGAAUGGCUAACAUUAAUGCUGCCGAUCUACAUUUGGGAACUAUUGUCAUCUCCAUGCAUAUGAUCAUACGUGCGUUUAUACUGUAUGCCAAUCUCUGUGCUAUCACUCUGAACAAAUAUAAUCUCUUUUCAUCCUCAUCACAACCCUGCCAGAUAGAUAUUAAUCAUCCUCACUUUGUGGUUGUGGAAACUGAGUAUGAGCAAGUUUAAAAAUGGUCUCUAAGUUCACCCAGCUGCAAAAACUGCUAAGUGAUAGUAGCCUGGAUUCAACAACAGGUUUUUUAAUGUUAAAGCCCAUGUCACCACCCCCAGCCUUUCUCCCUGUAGGGACCUUCUGUUGAAGGCUUACUCUGUUCCAGGUGCAGUGCUAAAAUUAUACAGUGCUAAUUCUUACUGACCUGUGAGAUCAAUGUCAUUACCCCCAUUUUGCAACUGAGGAAACUGACUCAUAAAGAGGUUCAUCUUAUGCCCAAGGCCACACCACUAGUAAGCAGGAGGCCUUACCAUUCGGCUUUAAAAAAUGUUUAUAACGUCGUUAAAGGAUGAGUCUUAAAUACUUUCUGUCCCUAGGUAUUCAUUAAUUGACAGGAGAAGGACCGCCUUUUGGAAACUGGCAUCUUUUUCUUGCCUGCUACUUGUACAUGUCCUAAUGCCCCUCGUGUUGGCCCAGGCAUAGUAUCACUUCCCUUUGGCCAAUCUAAGCACCAGAGAAGGAAGUGCCUGGCUUUAUUUACUCCACACCUGUGAAAUUUAUUUGAUUUGGAGUGUCAUUGAUGUCUUUGGCCAUAUGAAUACCAAUGGGAAGGAAAGAAGGAAGGAAGGGAGGGAGGCAAUGAGGGAGGGAGGAGGGAAGGAACUGUUUUCUCCUUUGGCUCUCAUCACUCCCAGUUUAAAGGCCAAAUGCUAGAGAAGUCUACUUAAGGCCAAGAUGGCUUUACCUUAGCCUCCCUCCAGUCCACCUGUGACACCCUCACGCUGUAAUUAAAGCGAAUGCUCCCUUCAGCCUUUGCACCUGCAGUUUCUCUUCCCUGGAAUAUCCUUCUUUGCCUGAAAAACUCCUCUCUCAUUGACUCUCCUUAGCUAUUGUCUCCUCUGAGAAACCUUUGCCAGCUCCCUAGAUCUGGGAUUAAUGCCCCUUCUCUAAAUUCCCAUGGACCCUCGCACAUCAAACUCCUGUAAUUCCAGCAUUUACUUUGAAAUUGUCCCAUUACAUGUCUGCCUCACUAACUACACUCUCAGCUUCUGCAGAAAAGGCACUGUGUCUUGUUACCCAGGUAUUGCCUUCACCUAGCCCAGUCCUGACACAGAGUAGUGUGUCCAUUGCUAUCCAUGUUAUCCAACGAACCACCCCCAAACAUGCCUUAUAGCACUAUUUAUUUGCUCAUGAUCUAUGGGUUAGCAUUUUGGGCAGAGCUCUGCUGGCAUGGCCCAGCCACUGCUCCAUGUGGUACCGGUUGGGUUUACACAAACGUUUGUAGUCAGUGAAGAGUUGAUGUGGGGGCGAUGGCUGAUCUUGGAAGAUCAUGCAUAUGUCUCGCCGUUGGCUGGGGUGCCUCAGUUCCACUCCAUGUGUCCUUUCCCCACAUGAGAUCAAAGCGGGUGAGAAUGGAAACUGCCUGACCUUUAGUGGACUUGACUGGAAAUCACACAGCAAAGCAUUUGGUUAUUCAAAGCAAGUCACAAAGCUAGCCCAGAAUCAAGAGGUCGGGAAAUAACCUCUACCUUUUGAUGGAGGAGCUGCAAAGAAUUGGUGGCCAUUUUUUCUCCACCAAGAGUAGGAACUUAUUCAUUAUUUUUUGAAUAAAGGACCAAGAAAUUGCCUAGUCAUUGAAAGACUUCAGCUAUCCAGAUGCAACUUACUGACCAACCUCUGGGUAGAAGUAUAAUAUUAAGUUGUAAAUGAAGCCCAGUGCCUAAUGAAAACUUCAAAGCCAGAAAAUGCUGGCAUGGUAGUGCUAUAUGGAGCCAUGGAGAGCACAGUUUAGUCUUCCUGUCCCGUUAAUGAGGAAGUAGGUGUGGCAUCGUCAGGUGGCAUGUCCAAAAUCACAAGGCUUGUUGGGUACAGCGCCUGGGCCAAAUACUGGUCUCCUGCCCCCCAAUCCUAUGUCCUUUCUAGUCUAGUGUUCUGCAGUGUAGGCUUUUAGCUUUGAGGCACUUAUAAAAUACAAAUGGUGCCAUGUAUCUGUGAAGGCGAGGGGUCUACAUUUUAGUUGACUCAUGUUGUUAAAUCGUAUCAUUAAAAAAAUAAGUAUUUUGUGUGAUGUGUUGACGGUAGAACUGCUUUAACAUUUAGAAACUCCAUCCUUAAAUGUAACACCAAGAAUUAUUCUCAAUUAACAGUGAGCAGUAUUUCUAAGAACUUUUAUUUUAGCGUAUGCGUGUGUGUGUGUGUGUGUGUGUGUGUGUGUAGCAGUGUUUUGUGUGUGAGGUUUUACUCAUUGAGAAUCCCUGAAAUGGCUUUCUUCGUUCCCAGAGAAAACACUUUUGAUAUGUUUGUUAAUUCUGUUGUAGAGAGAAAAUUGUGGUUGCCUUUUGGAUGAUUCUAUUGUCUGAUGUUUUAUCAUUAACCUCUGUUAAAUAAUUAUAUAAAUUGAUCAGGGGACUAAUUGAGGAAUGAUGGGUAACAUGAAGAAGAUACCCAUGUCUGAGUUGAUUAGAUGUGAUCAACUUCACACCAUCUUAAAGGAGAAUGUGUUGGAGUGGUAGCAAUGAAUAAUUUAAAAAUCAUUGCUUUCAGUUCAAAGUGAAAUCCCACAUUUUCAGAUACUCAUUCCUUUCAAAUAUGCUGUGAAAAUAAUCUACUUUCAAGGCCUAUUUUAAACUGGUGAUUCUACUGUUCUCUCCUGUUGAAUAUUAAUCUCAUUCAUUUUGUUUAUAAAUGAUCAGAAUAACUCUUUUCAGUUUUGCUGAUCGGUUAGAGUCUAUUGAUAUCAUUGACCAUGGUUUUACUCAUUUAAGGCAGAAUUUAAGGAAUAAUAUGUUUUUCCUCAGUUCAAUAGCAACAGGACAACUCUGCAGUGUACCAAAAUGAAGAUCAUCAUCAAAGUUAGCUUAUGAUAUUGUCAAAUGCAUUAAUAUAUGUACUUAAUAUAUAUGCUUAUUUUUAAAUUAGACUGAAAUUUAUGUUCUCCCUUUAUUGAAAAUUACAGUAUAACACUAAAAAUUAUAAGGUGAAAAUAGCUAGUAUAGCAUGAAAUAAAUGUUAAUUUUUAAAAACAGUGACUUUAGGGUUUCACUUUUCCUGUCUUUUAGAACAAAUUAGCUAUUUUUUCUAAGAAAGAGUUGCAUUAUAAAGCUGACAACACAUGGGACUCAUCUCCAAUUCUCUAAUGUAGCCAAAAGUGCCAUUCGUAAAACUACUUAGUGAUGGAUAUUUUCUGAAGCUCUUUUGCUUGAGGAAAAAAAAUGCAUUAAAAAGCUUUUUCUGUACUGUAUUUGAGUUGAAAUCAUUUUGUCCCUACACAUUCUAGUAUUGAUGAGUGUUGUGAAAUAGUCUAUAAGGGAAAUGCUAUAUGAUUUUUUGCUAUUCUGAGAGAAUGUCAGUAUUUUUACUUUCAGUGAAUUAGAAAAUCAGUCGCAUAAUUCAUUAUGUAUAGGGGCAGGAUAAAGUGUGGGGUGAGUGUUUUCUUGGACUACAUGUAAUAUCAAACAAAAGAACUUCACAUCUUUCUCAUAUUUAUUCACUUAUUUGUUCUUUCGAAAAACCUCACUGAGGAUUUGUGUUUUGCUGGACACUGCACACAGACCCUGGGAAUACAAAACUGAGUGGACAUGACCCUGGGUCCAGCUUAUCUUGUAAGAAUCACCUUUGGGUCUACCUCUGCGCAGAGGGAGGAAUAUGAAAUAACGGUGUGGAAGCAGGUGGUUUAAUGUCAGACACAGAACACUGACAACUUACCUUUAGCUGUAUUCUCCUUUCCAGUCUUCCCCCACUUUCCCUUACUCAAGGUGGCCACUGGUGAAUGUUGAGUUUCCUAUUCUCUUUUUUUUGUUCUUAAUACUUGUUUAGGGCUUUUUAAAUAAACAUUCUUAAAAGAGCAUCAAUUUUUAGAUAAUGUCCUGGGACUUGCUUGUUUUAAUUCAGGAUUCUAUUGCUAAAAUUCUUCUAGGUUUUUGUGUAUAGUUGUAAUUAAUUCAUUUUUCAAGGCUUCAAAAAUUUAUAGAACACACAUUACUUGUUUUUUUUUUCUUGUAAUUAGACAAUUGAGUUAUUUCCAUUGUUGUUGUUGACAUAAAUGGGGUUACUAUGAACAAUCUGCACCAUCUCCUGGGAACAAGUGGAGGAAUUUCUCAUAGGAAUCCACUUGGGAGAGAAACUGCUGAGUCAUGGGAAAUGUGAAUGCUAACUUUACAAGGUCACAACGGACUAGUUUCCAAAGUGGUUGAACCUACUCUCAUCCAAUAUAUAAAAGUAAUACAUGUUGAUCAGUAUCUUUUCCAACACAUUCUGAGAUGUCUUAAUUUUUGUCAAAUAAAUGCCUAUUUGGUCAAUAA